AUGGGCGCUUUGAAGUACACAAAACUGCCUGACGUUAAACAUAUGGACACCUGUUUCGGGUCGGGAGUACAGAGUGAACCAUUAAAACCGGUGACGUUUUGGAUACACGGCGGGGCCCUAACCGUUGGCUCCAUAUACCAGCAAAUGGACAAUGGUAGUAUAUUGGCAACAAAUAACGUGGUGUUCGUGUCGGCCAAUUACCGGUUGAUAGAGAAAACACAUCUAUUUGGCGGAGAUAGGGAUCAGAUCACUAUAUUUGGCGCGAGUGCCGGCAAGUGGUCUGUGUCCGCACACCUGUUGUCACCGUUAAGUAAAGACCUAUUUAAGAGGGCUAUUAUACAGAGCGGUGUCCUUAUGUUCAAUAAGGAUCGGCCGGUUUUGGGUACUGUCGACGGGUUGGCGAAGGCCAAGGAGAUGGUCCGUAGGGUUGGUUGCGAUCCAUACGACUAUAAAUGGUUAGACUGUUUGCAAACAGUGAAAGACCCGGAGCUGUUGUUGACGCCCACACCUGGAGAUUCUGCAUAUGUGUUCUCGUAUCCCGUGUUUGGCACUAAAUUGUUGCCACUUUUACCACAAACAGCAUUUGCGAGAACGAAAAUAUGGACUAAUAUUGCUAAAAAUAUUAAACCACAUGACGUUUGGCCACAACUUUGGGACAAAUCUGUGAUUCGAGUGAAAGACUUGAAUCCCAACGAUAUGUCACUUAUUCUCAACAAUCUAUACGAGAGUACGUGUGAUGGCAUUUGGAAACACUAUUUCUCAUCAAGUAUUGAUGUGAACACGAGUUCGGGUUCAGUGAGGGGUCAGACACUCCAUGUCUUGAAUCGCUCUAUACAUCAAUUCUUGAAUAUACCCUACGCUGAGCCCCCUUUAGGCCCACUCAGGUUCGCCCCUCCCGUACCCCUCAAAACACCAAAAAAGGAUAUAAUAGACGGCACAGUACACGGAAAGUCAUGCAUACAAACCAUAGACCCAAUGUUUGAACAAAUGAUGGGUAAACUCACCAUCAGUGAGGACUGUCUAAACCUAGGCAUAUGGACUGAGACGACGGGUAAUGAUAUACCGAGCGGUCAAUUAAAACCGGUCAUGUUUUAUAUACACGGAGGCGCGCUGUCUAUUGGCUCGUUGUAUCAAAACUUGUAUAACGGAAGUGUUUUACCCAUAAAUGAUGUGGUGGUGGUGUCCGUGAAUUACCGGUUGGGACAGUUGGGCUUUCUAUAUGGCGCCGACGAGACAGCGCCCGGAAAUGCGGGCUUUUAUGACCAGUUAAUGGCACUCAAAUGGGUUAGAGAAAACAUCCACUCAUUUGGCGGAGAUAGGGAUCAGAUCACCAUUUUUGGUGAGAGCGCCGGCAGUCUAUCCGUAUCGGCACACCUAUUGUCUCCGCAAUCAAAGGGCUUAUUUAAAAAGGCUAUCGUACAGAGCGGUGCCCUUAUGUUCAAUAAGGAUCGACCGAUUUUGGGUACAGUCGACGGGUUGGCGAAGGCCAAGGAGACGGCCCGUAGGGUUGGCUGCGAUCCAUACGAUUAUAAAUGGUUGGACUGUUUGCGGGCAAUAGAGGACCCGAACCUGAUGAUUGAGUUGACCGAAGGGGGCGAGAAAUUUGUCCCUACUUUCCCGGUUUAUGGCACAGAAUUUCUACCAAUUUUGCCCCAAAAGGCAUUUGAAAAUGGUGACUAUAAUUCAGAUGUCGAUAUAAUGGCAGGUGUGGCCAAAGACGAGGGCCCACUUUUGGCAAUCAUGCAAUAUCCACAACAAUUGAUGGGCCAAAAAUUUGACCUAGUUGCAUUCAAACAGUUGGUAUCUCAUUUAAGCGAUUUCUUUCACAACAUCGAUGCGGACAAAGUGGUCGCACAUUAUUUGAAAGAUAUAGACACCGGGAAACCGGAGGCAAUGGUCCGGGCAUUUGGUAACCUUUAUGGUGAUCUAGUAAUGAUAUGUCCGACGUAUUUGUUUGCCAAACGCUGGGCACUUAAGUCAGACAAUCCGGUAUAUUUUUAUCGGUUUAACUUCCAAUCAAAUAUGUUUGCGUCGUUUGGUUGCGAUGACAACACCAUAUGUCACGGCGCGGACGUUACUUAUGUGUUCGGCGAACCCGUGCGGACGGCCACCGCUUUUCGGGAAAUUGAUUACGAUUUCAGUUUAGAUGUUAUGAAGAUAUGGACUAAUUUUGCUAAAAAUAUCAAACCACAUGACGUUUGGCCACAACUUUGGGACAAAUCUGUGAUUCGAGUGAAAGACUUGAAUCCCAACGAUAUGUCACUUAUUCUCGACAAUCCAUACGAGAUGAGGGGUCAGACACUCCAUGUCUUGAAUCGCAAAAUACAUCAAUUCUUGAAUAUACCCUACGCUGAGACACCUUUAGGUCCACUCAGGUUCGCCCCUCCCGUACCACUCAAAGCACCCAAAAAGGAUAUAAUAGACGGUACUGUACACGGAAUGUCAUGUAUACAAACCAUAGACCCAAUGUUUGAACAAUUGAUGGGCAAAAUCACCAUCAGUGAAGACUGUCUAACACUAGGCAUAUGGACUGAGACCACGGGUACAGACAUACCGAGCGGUCAAUUAAAACCAGUGAUGUUUUAUAUACACGGAGGCGCGUUGUCUAUCGGCUCGUUGUAUCAAAAAAUGCACAAUGGUAGUAUUUUGCCCGUUCACGAUGUGGUGGUUGUGUCCGUGAACUACCGGUUGGGACAGUUGGGCUUUCUAUACGGCGCCGACGAGACUGCGCCCGGAAAUGCGGGCUUUUAUGACCAGUUAUUGGCUCUCAAAUGGGUUAGAGAAAACAUACAUCUAUUUGGCGGAGAUAGGGAUCAGAUCACUAUAUUUGGCGCGAGUGCCGGCGCGUGGUCUGUGUCCGCACACCUGUUGUCACCGUUAAGUAAAGGCCUAUUCAAGAGGGCUAUCGUACAGAGCGGUGCCCUUAUGUUCAAUAAGGGUCGACCGGUUUUGGGUACUGUCGACGGGUUGGCGAAGGCCAAAGAGACGGCCCGUAGGGUUGGCUGCGAUCCAUACGACUAUAAAUGGUUGGACUGUUUGCGGGCAAUAGAGGACCCGAACCUAAUUCUGGAUACGGCCGAUGCGGGCGAAGCCUUUAUCAUUGUUUUCCCUGUGUUUGGCACAGAAUUUCUACCAAUUUUACCCCAAAAGGCGUUUGAAAGUGGAGACUAUAAUUCAGAUGUCGCUAUAAUGGCCGGUGUGGCCAAAGACGAGGGCCCAAUGUUGGCUAUCAUGCAAUAUCCACAACAAUUGGUCAAGCAUAAAUUUGACCUAGAUGCUUUUAAACAAUUGGUAUCCAAUGUAAGCGAUAUCUUUCAUAACAUUGAUGCCGACAAAGUGGUCGCACACUAUCUGCAAAGAAUAGACACCGGGAAACCGGAGGCUAUGGUCCGGGCUUUUGGUAACCUCUACGGCGAUCUUGUAAUGAUAUGCCCGACGUAUUUGUUUGCCAAGCGCUGGGCAAUUAAGUCAGAAAAACCGGUCUAUUUUUACCGAUUUAAUUUCCAAACAAAUUUGUUUGCCUCGUUUGGUUGCGAUGACAACACCAUAUGUCACGGCGCGGACGGUGCGUAUGUUUUUGGCGAACCCGUGCGGACGGCCACCGCUUUCCGCGAAAUUGAUUACGAUUUCAGUUUAGAUGUUAUGAAAAUGUGGACUAAUUUUGCUAAAAAUAUUAAAGCACAUGACGUUUGGCCACAACUUUGGGACAAAUCUGUGAUUCGAGUGAAAGACUUGAAUCCCAACGAUAUGUCACUUAUUCUCGACAAUCCAUAUGAGAGUACAUGUGACAGCAUUUGGAGCCAAUAUUUUUGAUCAUUUUAUUAUUAUAUUUAUUGUUUCAAUAAUUUUUAAAUUUUAGGAUUACAAAAAUAAUUACAC